AUGGCGGCUCGAUGGACUCGUACAGUUGCUUACAUACCCGCUCACACCUUUCCACCUGUUAAGCAUUUGCCUGGUCAUGAGCGAAAAAGGAUCCUUGUCACUGGAGGUGCAGGCUUUGUGGGUUCACAUCUGGUGGAUCGUCUGAUGUUUAUGGGUCAUGAUGUUACAGUGCUUGACAACUUCUUCAGCGGCUCGAAAACUGGGGUGGCCCAUUGGAUUGGACAUCCUCAUUUCGAGUUGGUCAGGCAUGACGUGGUGGACUCUUUCAUGAUCGAAUGUGAUCAGAUCUAUCACCUUGCAUGUCCGGCAAACCCUUUGAAUCUAAUGCUGCUUCUCAGCUCGAUUAAAACCAUGAAAACAAAUUUCCUCGGGACUAUGAACAUGCUGGGCCUAGCAAAACGAACAAAGGCGAGAUUUUUGCUUUCAAGUACCAGCGAAGUCUAUGGUUCCCCCGAACAGCACCCUCAAAAAGAGACCUACUGGGGACAUGUAAACCCAAUCGGGCCGAGGGCAUGCUAUGACGAAGGCAAACGAGUGGCUGAAGCUCUCACAUACGGGUAUGCACGUGAAAAUGAGGUUGAGGUGCGAGUGGCGCGGAUCUUCAAUACAUAUGGACCUCGUAUGAGUCCCAGCGAUGGCAGGCUUGUCUCAAAUUUCAUCAUUCGGGCUCUCAAGGGCGAAGCUGUGGAGAUUUACGGUGAUGGACUUCAAACACGUUCACUGAUGUAUGUCUUUGACCUCGUCGACGGGCUUAUUGCACUCAUGAAUAGCGAUAGCGAGUCUGUCAGAGAUAGUCCAGUUAACUUAGGUAGCACUGAUGAGCACAGUGUGCUUGAUUGGGCACGGACGGUAAUUGAAAUUGUAGAAAAGGUGAGAGGGAAGCAAGUUAGGGAAGGACAAGAUGGAUCCGCCACAGAAUCAACAAGAAGUGAAAUUGUCUUUAAGCCACCUCUGGCUGAUGACCCACCUCGACGUCGACCCGAUACAGGCAAAGCGCAGGAGCACCUCAAUUGGCAACCAAAAUGGUCAUCCCGGGAUGGAAUUGAAGACACUGUAAAAUUCUUUAUAAGUCUUCAAAGCUUGGAUCAUCUGUAA